UCGGCCAGACAAGAUGCCCCUGGGGCUGCGGAGAAAAAAGAAAGGCAAUACCAAGGAGACCUCCCGGCUGCUGGAGGGCGAGCAGAGGAAUGCGGCUGGCGGCAGCCUCCCCACCCCGCUGGCGCCCACCCGCAGGCUGGUUUUCCAUACGCAGCUGGCUCAUGGCAGCGCCACGGGCAGAGUGGACAAUUUCUCCAGCAUCCAAGAGCUCUAUGCCAAGAUCGCGGGAGUGUUUGAGAUCUCACCCUCGGAGAUCUUAUAUUGCACUUUAAACACACCUAAAGUUGACAUGGGAAAACUCUUAGGAGCACAAAUAGGUCUUGAAGAUUUCAUAUUUGCCCAUGUGAAAGGGAUCAAAAAAGAAGUGAAUGUGUAUAAAUCUGAGGAUUCACUUGGUCUCACCAUUACAGAUAAUGGUGCUGGCUAUGCUUUUAUAAAGAGAAUUAAAGAUGGCAGCACAAUUGACUCCAUUAAAACGAUCUGUGUGGGGGAUCACAUUGAAGCCAUCAACGGACAAAAUAUCGUUGGGUGGCGUCACUUUGAGGUUGCUAAGAAGUUAAAGGAGCUUAAAAAAGAGGAACUCUUUACCUUGAAGUUAAUAGAACCUAAGAAGGCCUUUGACAUGGAGCCCAGGUCAAAAGCUGGAAAGUCAUCAACAGGAAAGAUUGGUACUGGAAGGGAGACGCUUCGCCUGAGAUCAAAAGGUCCUGCCACUGUGGAAGAAGUGCCCUCUGAAACCAAAACAAAGGCGAUUGGAAAAGUUGAUGAUCUUCUUGAAUUGUACAUGGGAAUUCGAGAUAUCGAUUUAGCUACGACAAUGUUUGAAGCUGGAAAGGACAAAGGUAAUCCAGAUGAGUUUGCCAUGGCACUUGACGAAACCCUUGGAGACUUUGCGUUCCCAGAUGAAUUUGUCUUUGAUGUCUGGGGAGUCAUUGGUGAUGCCAGACGAGGAUGAUUAUGACGUGAAUGAUCAUCUCUGGAGGAAUGAACCAUUGUUACUUAAAAAAAAAACAGUAAGACCAGCUUUUAGAUACUUACGGACUCUGGCUUGGUUUUAUGUGUAUGAAUACAUUCUUUUGAAAUAUAAUUUUGAUUUCUGGGCACUUUUUAAUGUAGUUGCAUAUGUAGUAUGCUUAAGAUAAAUUACCUAAAAUGUGAUCAAUUUUAAUAUUCAUUCAAAAGCUUUUUAAAAGUUAGUUUUAGAGAGUAUUUCUAAAUAGAUUAUUUUGUUCUCCACUGACAGCCAUGUCUUGUUUUCCACAUAUAAGUAGUUGAUUGCAAUAGCUUUGUAGUUUUUUUUUGCAAAAUCUUAGUGCAGUGAAAACUAGGAUUGGAGUAUAAUCUGCCUCAUAACAUCUUCAUUUUUUUUUACACUAGCUUGAAUAGGAUAUAUUCAGGACAUGAAAUAUGAAUUAUGCCUAUUAGAGGUGUAGAAACUUUUUUUUUUUUAAAUCCACUGAAUAAGGGGAGGAAGAUUCCUAUAGACUGUUGAUGUCUAUGGCUUACUUUCUCCCUUUAUAAAACAAGGAUUGAUUGACUUUUA